CGGCCGCGAUUCAAAAUUAGUAUUCUCGUAUCUCCAGUUCUGUUCGGUUAGUGAUCGGCAGUUCGCAGGCAACGCGUACGAGCAAGUUCGUUAACGAAUAGUUUUCACCAAAUCGAUCAAAAUGUGUUUUUUGAUUAGACUUUUAAAAAGUGGUUGCAAUCAGUACAAAGAGACUUGAGGGUGGUUCAACGGAUCGUAGAUUGUUUCAACUUUUCAUCAAUUUUAGGAUUCAUUAUUUCGGUUUUGCAACGGUAGAAACAACUAGAAGAUCGUCACGUUAAAUCAGUUCCUAUUAUCUAAAAACAACUAAGGUCAAUCUGUGAUAUUUGAAUUAAGCGCUUACUCACCAGCUGUGAUUUUUAUAAAGUAUACUAGCAUUUAAAUAAAACAGUUUUCAUACGGCAACGGUAAAUUCCAAGAACUGUACAUUGCAUGAUGACCAACAGCAACACCGUUGAAGACCGAACGCAGGAGAUGUUGAGUCAGAAAUUGUUGGAUGAUCUCAAGAUCGAAAACGAGAACCUGAAACAUCCUAAACUUGGACAUCAGCGACAAAAACUCUUAGGCAAUCGCUCAGCCCCAACUCUGAUCAUAUCAGCCAGUCAGAUCUCACCUCCUCCCAAACUCGACAGGCGACGUUCAGAUAACAGCAUAUUUGGAUCCCUCAAUAAGUUUAGGAUCUCUUUUGGGAAUGGCUCAAAAGAUCUGCCCAAUCACGUUUGGAAUCGAUAUAGACAGAGCAGAUUCAAUGCAAGGAGAAUUCGAAAACGGGUCGUUUUCAAGCACGGAGAUUGCAAUGUAGUUCAAGGAAAUGUAGCGAAACGACGCCGAAAGUAUUUGCAGGACAUUUUUACAACGUUAGUCGAUGCCCAAUGGAGAUGGACGCUGCUAGUUUUCGCCUUAAACUUCCUUCUAUCUUGGCUCCUAUUUGCGUUAAUUUGGUGGCUGAUCGUCUUUACACAUGGCGAUUUAAACAUGGACGAUGUGUAUUUGAAUGGUACUGAGCCUACUCCCCCUUGCCUGGUUGGCGUUCACGGUUUCACAUCCGCUUUCCUCUUCAGUGUUGAAACUCAGCACACUAUUGGAUUUGGAACUAGAGCGACGACUGAAGAAUGCCCGGAAGCUAUUUUUGUUUUGUGCAUACAAGCAAUUGCAGGUGUAAUGAUUCAGGCCUUCAUGGUAGGCGUGGUAUUUGCCAAACUGUCUCGUCCGAAGAAACGAACACAAACGCUUCUGUUUUCAAGAAAUGCUGUGAUUAGUCAUAGAGAUGGUGUACGUUGCCUUAUGUUUAGAGUUGGAGACAUGAGAAAAAGUCAUAUCAUUGAGGCUCAUGUUCGCGCCCAGUUGAUCAAGCACAAAGUUACCAAAGAAGGAGAACAGCUCCCCUUCUUCCAGACCGAACUGAAGGUAAAGGUUGGUGGCGAUGGAGACGAAGACAAAAUAUUCUUCAUCUGGCCCACUACUAUAGUCCACAAAAUCGACAGCAAAUCUCCACUCUACAACAUGGCCGCAACCGAUUUGUUGCGAGAGCGAUUCGAGAUUGUCGUUAUAUUAGAAGGCGUGAUAGAAUCGACAGGAAUGACCACUCAAGCACGCUCGAGUUAUCUUCCGUCGGAAAUCCUCUGGGGCCAUCGAUUCGAAUCGCUGAUUACGUUCAGAAAGGAUUCUGGAGAAUAUGAAGUGGAUUAUGCCCUAUUCAACAAUACCAUUCCGGUGGAUACUCCAUUGUGCAGCGCCAGACAGUUGGAUGAACAUCUGGCCAUGUUCAAUGCAGAUGGAUCAGAAAAUUCAAAUUUGCUUACCAUAAAGCCGACCGAUCAUGUCAGGUCCAGUUUAUUUCCAUCCCUACGGACGCAGUCCAGCGAUAGUCUUUCUAGCCUGGAUUCGAUGUUUGUCGACGAUGGUCAUAUCGAAAUGAAGAUUCCUCAUCGAGUCGACAGUCACCACGACAUGAAGUAUCUUCAGAGCAAAGGCGAGUUUGGUCGAAUCGAAAGCCACCCCAACAUGAAGUUCCAUGGCAAAAAUGGCCUGAAGAAGGACUGUGUGAUCAACAUGGAUGGGAAGACCGACAGCGGUCAUUUCAGCCGAAUAGACAGUCAUCUGGAUAUGAAGACGAUGCCCAAUAUCCAUGAGGAUGAAGCGGAGAGUUGUCACAGCAGUUGCUUGGAGAUGAAAGUCCCAGCCAUAAAUGUUAUAGUACCUGAGCCCGAUGAAAAUGUGGCUCUUUUAAAUGGGGAUGUUAGCAAUUUGAACCAUACCAUUCAGGUUGUUUGAUAGUAGAACACUGUUAGUCUUAAGUAAGUGAUGGUAUUUUAAUCUUCGACCAAAAGGGCAGCAGAUAAAAUUAUUUCAAUUCCUGGGCGAACGCUACGCAUCAUGAUGCUUUUGUAGUGGUUUAUUUAGGGUUUGUGGACCACUUUUACCAUUAGUUUUAUCGAUAUUCACACAUGUAAAUAAAGCAGUAGGUAGGUAAAUGCCUAACUAUAAAGCAAAGAUUUGGAACACCAGCUUAGCUCCAAAUCACUUCAGUUGAGGUGAGAAACUGCGCCCUGUAUUUGUGCUCAAUAAUGGAGUAUUUUAAGUGUUCCUCAGAUGGUUUUAACUUUCAACAAAGUGCCUGGAAUCUCGAAUGGACGCAUUGAAAAACGGGUUCUGAGUUUCCGUUGAAAAUGUUUUCGUACAACGGAAAAUAGCUGAGUAAACUCUGUUGAACCCCAUCGGAAAGUAGUACCCAUGCAAAAAAAAGUGGUUCAAAUGUUAUUACUAACCAGGCACUUUACAUUUUAUAAUCGUAAACCCCAGAUGUGUUUUUUGGAAUGUACCUCCACAUUCCGCCCCGAUGUAUUUUCGUAGUAUUAUUAUGAACUUAUGUAUUUUCCUCCUUUCUAUGUUCUUUUAUAGAUACAUGUUGUUUUCCUCCUGUGGCAAUGUUUUUACCUGGUGAUGAAACGCUUAAUGUAAGUUAGUCGUAAGUGUCUUAGUUACAAAAAGUGAUCUUUAAGUUAGGAUACUAGUAUUUAUUUUUCACUGUAAUAUUAAUUAUACAAUGAUCAAAAGACAAA